AUGCGGAACGUUCGCGGGCGAAGGAGAGAUGGCGGCGGCGGCGGUGUAGCUGUUCUCCCGAAAAAUAAUAUCAGGCCGAAGGACUUGAUAAACUCGUUCAGGCUCUCCGUGGCCGUGAACAGCGGCCAGUCGGCCACCGGCGGCGGGAGUUCCGGCGGCGGAGGAGGAGGCGGUUCGCCAAAAAACGGCACCGGAAACGCUACUUCCAGUUCGUUCGGUGGGCUGCAGGCCAUCCCGUCGGACGCGGUCAAACGGCUGGCGUUCUUGUUCCUGUCCACGUGUGUGCUACUUGCGUUCCGGCUGAAAAUCAUGGGCUCCAAGCUGCCCGUGUUUACCAGGUUCGACAAUCCAGCCAGCGUGUCGGAUUGGCCAGCGAGACAGCUGACCUACAACUACCUGGUGAGCGUGAACGCUUGGUUACUGAUAUUCCCGUGUGACCUGUGCUGCGACUGGACCAUGGGUACCAUACCACUGGUCGAAUCCACGUCGGAUCCCAGGAACCUGGCGACUUUGGCCACAUACACCGUGAUCGUCGCGCUCGUGUACACGGCUUUCACCACGUCGAAUCGAACCAAACGCAUCGUUGUCAUCAUGAGUUUGGGAUUGACCGUUCUGCCGUUCCUCCCCGCAUCGAACAUGUUCUUUCCAGUGGGAUUCGUCGUAGCGGAACGCGUCUUGUACAUGCCGUCAAUGGGAUUCUGUAUGCUCGUCGCCUACGGUUUGGGACUCGUAAUCGAUAAAUGCAAGUCGCGGUUGGUGUUGACAGCGGUCGCGGUCAUCAUGGUCACCCACGUGGUGAAAACCUACACUAGGAAUUCGGACUGGUCAUCCGAGUACGCGAUAUUCACUUCCGGAUUGAAAGUGAAUCAGCUGAAUGCCAAACUGUACAACAACGUCGGACACGCCUUGGAAGCUGAGAAUCGAUUCCAAGAAGCUCUUGCGUACUUUAACAAGGCCGUCAGCGUACAGCACGACGACAUCGGAGCUCACAUAAAUGUCGGCCGUACGUAUAACCAUCUGAAAAUGUACAAGGAAGCCGAAGACGCUUACUUAGAGGCCAAAUCGUUGCUGCCCAAAGCCAAACCGGGCGAGUCGUACCAAGCCCGCAUAGCUCCCAACCAUCUGAACGUCCUGCUGAACUUGGCCAAUCUGAUCGCUAAAAACCAGACUCGUCUGGAAGAGGCGGACAUGCUGUACCGGCAGGCCAUCAGCAUGCGGUCCGAUUACACGCAAGCGUAUAUAAACCGCGGUGACGUUUUGCUCAAGCUCAACCGAACGAAAGAGGCGCAAGAAGUGUACGAAAGAGCUUUAUUCUACGACACCGACAACCCGGACAUCUAUUACAAUCUGGGCGUCGUGCUUUUGGAACAGGGUAAACAUUCACAGGCGUUGGCUUACUUAGACAAAGCUCUGGAAUUCGAUCCGGACCACGAACAGGCGUUGCUCAACUCGGCCAUACUGCUCCAAGAGUUGGGGCAGGCGAACUUGAGAAAACUCGCCGAGAAGAGACUCCUCAGGCUCCUGUCCAACGGUCAAAAGAACGAACGGGUGUUUUUCAACCUGGGCAUGCUGGCUAUGGACGAAGGAGACGUACCGGCGGCGGAACACUGGUUCCGUCAGGCGAUCCUAAUCAAAGAGGAUUUCAGGGCUGCUCUGUUCAACCUGGCAUUACUGCUGGCCGACGAUCACAGGCCCCUUCAGGCAGCCCCGUUCCUCAACCAGCUGGUCAGGUUCCAUCCGGACCAUGUCAAGGCUCUGAUAUUACUGGGCGACAUCUACAUCAACAACAUCAAAGAUCUAGACGCAGCUGAAAACUGUUACCAGAGGAUACUGCAACUGGAUCCGGACAACACGCAAGGGAUGCACAACCUAUGUGUGGUGUACGUGGAACGUGGCCUGCUGAAGGACGCAGAAAUUUGCUUGCAAAAGGCCCAUCUGAUGGCCCCGCAUGAAGACUACAUUGUCAAGCAUUUGAAAAUUGUGCAAAACCGCUUGCAGGCAAAACAGACUCCUGAUCAGCUCAAUGAGAGUCGCCCGGAUUCUAAGGAAAUCCGAAAAACUGAAAAAGACACAACUCGUCCAGACACCAAUCUGAAGUCGGAUACCAAACCGUCUACACUAUCACUGUCAUGA